CGCGUUCACACGGGCAUGGCGAGACCACCCCACCGUCGAAGGCUCGUCGAGCUGCGAAGUGCUUUGAUGUCUCGCCACUCCCUCUCGAUCUGCAUUCGAUUCGAUUCAGUCGCGCGUGUGUGUUGGGUUGUGUUGCGUCGGGGUUGCAAUCGUCGUCAGCGCAAGCAAGAGAUGGCGAGCAAGGUGAAGGAUGUGGCUGGGAAGGUGACCAAGCUGGUCCCCAAGGACGUUGUCGGGACUGCGAAGUCGUUGUUGGAGAGGGUGGCUAAGCCAUGGGCGAUCACGGGCCCAACUGCGACCUCGGAGUUCUUAGAAUCGGUGCCCGACGCGUCCGAUUACAGGAAAAUCGCGCCCGCCACCGUGACCGUGCGGCCGGCGAUUCCUCAUGCGGAGCCAGCUCAUGUGUUCGAUAUCAAGUACCACACGCGGGACAGGAAGCGGAGCGUCAAGACGACGGUGCAGGAGAUGGACCCAGUGGCGUUGGCCGCAGAGCUUCAGGGGUUGCCUCCGACUCCAGGAAGCAAGACGCAUUAUGUGAUGGGAAAGGCGUACACCAUGACGGACGAACCUGGGGACGGGUACCAGAAGUGAAUUGGGGAAUUUUAGGGUUUGGUAUCAGGUCCUCCAGACGUUUUUUUUCUUCUUUUCAGGGUUUUAUUGGGUUCUAUUGCAUGAAGAUUUGUGCUGAUUUUUUCAUGUUCUCUGAGGUUUUUCUGACUCAAUCGAUGGAUCCUUGAGCGACCCGCAUUUGUAACACUCAGUUGGCCACUUAUCAGUGCCCUUUUUCGUGGACUGAAUUGGAUGUUUUCGAGGGAAGGGAUCUGGUUGUAGUAUCUAUUUAGAAACCAACUAGCCUUACAGGUACUUUUUGAAAUAAACAUGUAACCUUUUAGUUUCUU